AUGAGGCGCACAGGACGAGCCAAGCAUCUCAGUUGCUUUUACUGCGGCAAGCAGACAGGCCUCAAAUAUGACGGCACCAUAACCAACUUUCUCUGUCUCUCCUGCGACGCUACAAACUAUCUAGACGAGAAUGGUGACAUUACAGACCCUCCCGUCGCGACGGAGCGAGAAGCCGCGCCCUCGCAAUAUGCCAAACCCCAGCCCGCCGCCGCUGUCGAGCCAGAUGUUGUCUUUUGCGAAACGUGCCUCAAGAACCAGCGCCUCUUCACGGCCUGUCUGGCGCAAUAUCUGCCCGACGACCCGUCCGACCCCGACUACGAGGAGCUCGAUCGAAAUUACUACCGCUAUCGCCGGAAUCUCGAGAAGCGCUACCCGCAGGUCUGCGACGAGUGCGCCGACAAGGUGCAGGAGCGCAUACGCCAGGCCGGCUACACGGCCAAGACGGACCACCUGCGCCGCAUGAUGGACAAGACGCGCGGGCGCAAGGCCACGCAAAGGACCAGUGUGCCGGAUGUGGCCAGCUCGCUGGGCGGCUGGCUCUGGCGCGGUGGCCUCGUCGCGCAGCUACUAUGGCACUUGAUGCAUAUUAUACAGGCUCUAGAGCAUCCGGACGACGGCAUGCGCGAUCCGGAUGAUGCGAGCAUAUAUGCACAAGCGCUGGCAGCCACCAAGACGGCAUUAACGUGGCUGCCAGACAGCGAUGCGCUGAUACGGAUCAGCAUCAUGGCAGCUAUCCUAUCAAUAUGGUGGAACCCGCAUUUUGUGCAAUUUACGAGAGGCUUCACGAGACAUUUGCUGGGAUUUACGCGUUGGUAUUCGUUUCAGGGGCUGAUCAUCUUCCUCCGCAUCUUCUUCCGUAGUGUGCUGAGCAUGGAGGGCGGAGCAGCGCCAUCGCAAAGCGCACAAUUGAGCAUACAUUUAUCCACGGCAGGCAUCAUGUGUUUCAUUUACAUAAUGGAAACCAGAUCCAUCAAAGUAGACACAACGCCGCUCUUCCGGCCCGAAGACAAACCGUUGACGCCGCGCCGAACGAUGACGCCGGCAAAACGCAAGAAGCAAGACUCCAAGACUUUCUCCGAGCUGUUCAAUGAGGCCCUCGACUCUACACCGCAAAAAGGCGGCUUCUCCUCCGGAGCUGCGACCCCCGGCACGCCAAACUACACAUCCAGCAGCGCAUUCGUCCCCCCCAGCCAGCUCAAGACGAUGCAGCAGCAGCAGCAGCGCGGCUUCAACGACUCGCCGCUGGCAUCUGCGCCCGCCUUUAAGCCGCUCUCGCAGCCUACAUCCGCCGACUCUGGCGACGAGAUGGACUGGUCCCCGAGCCAGCCCUCGACAUCGCAGCACCGCGCUUUCCGCAAUACCGACACGGCAGCGCCGCGGCCCUUUGGCCAGUCCCCGACGCAGCAAGGUGAUGACGGCAGCGGCAGUAUCAAGAACCCCUUUUGGUUCAAGGUGCCCGCGGCGCCAACUAAUCCCGCGCGGCAGAUGCGCAACCCGCCCAACAUGCCCGUCCUGCGCAAGAAGCCGGUCGAAAAGGACGAUGUCUUUUUCACGAGUCGUCGCGACAGCGCCGAGUUUAAAAACCGGGGUGGUGCCGGCUCCAGCGCCGGCAUGGCCUUUAAGAACCCGAGCUUCUUUGCGCCGGAGAACAAUGAUGAGGCGAAUUCGCUGGCGGAUCUGCUGGGCCAGAGCUUUAGUCUCAGCCAGGAGGGUCAAUCCCACGACAAGAACGCUGCGACUGCCUCUUUCCCUUUGUCUCCUUCUUCAUUCUCAUUGAGGCAUGCACCAGGUGCUCAGCAAAGCCCCCGACGUCGCCCGGUUGAGCUAAUGACGCUGUGCGUCUUGCUGCCGCUCUGGCUGCUCCUGUCGGCCUUUUCGUCGUCCAUCCCGUACAGACUGGCGCUACAGGGCGUGUUGCUCGUCGCCGCAGGCGUCAUUGCGCUGAGCGGCACACGCGAGAUGGACGACAGGCGGCCGCCCGCCUCGCAGCCGAAGCUCGUCGACGCCGUGCUCUCGGCGUUGGGCGUCGUGGAGCUCGCGGGCGUGUGCUGGGUCGGCUGGGAGACGUGGACGGGACGGGUGGACGUCGGAGGCUAUGGCGCGGGGAUGUUGGCGGUGAUGCUGGCACAUCACGCGACGGGGUUGUUUCAGGCAUAG